AUGGUUACUCAUAAUGAUGCUGCGGCUGAGGAAGAUGAUGAUGAUGUUGACCUUUUCGGAGAGGAGACAGAAGAGGAAAAGAAAGCUGCUGAAGAGAGAGCAGCUUCUGUGAAGGCAUCUACAAAGAAGAAGGAAUCUGGAAAGUCAUCAGUUUUGAUUGAUAUCAAGCCGUGGGAUGAUGAGACUGACAUGAAGAAGCUAGAGGAAGCUGUUAGAUCUAUUCAGAUGGAAGGAUUGUUUUGGGGAGCAUCAAAGCUUGUCCCAGUUGGUUAUGGUAUCAAGAAGUUGCAGAUUAUGUGCACUAUUGUUGAUGACCUUGUCUCUAUUGACACCAUGAUCGAAGAGCAACUCACUGUUGAACCAAUCAAUGAGUACGUCCAGAGCUGUGACAUUGUUGCUUUCAACAAGAUAUGAAUGAAGAUGGAGAAAGCUUAAAGGAAAUCUUUGAAAUCUUUGCUGCUUCUUCUAUAUUUUGUCUCCGACUUGUCUUAGACUGUUGUUUCGACUCUGUUAUGGCUUUCUCUUAUUGUUUUGAUAUUUAAUGAAGAAUGACAAUUCAGUAUGGAGGACUUUAUGACUAUUCUCUGCUUCCUGUUUCUUUAA